AUGGGUUUCUUCUCCAAAAAGACGGCCGAGUUGCCGACCGAGGAGCCCGCUCCCAUUCAGCCGGCCGGCGACGAGAAGACGCUUGAGCCCCGGCAGGAGUCGCUCGAUAAAGACAACAUCAACGACUUGGUCGACAAGGAUGCCCAGGCAGGUGUCCAGAAGGUCGAGGCCGUCACUGCCGUCUGGAGCAAGCUGCACAUUGCCUUGUCCUACUUCUUCAUCUGGUUGUUCUACGUCGUCACCUCCAUCCAAGAGGUCGCCCUCAGUGUCUUCACUCCCUACGUCACCAGUGCCUUCCAGGAGCAUUCCCUGACCGCCGCAACCAGUAUCGUGGCCACCCUGGUUGCUGGUCUGUUCAAGCUUCCUCUGGCCAAGAUCCUCGAUGCCUGGGGUCGCCCGCAGGGGCUGGGCUUGAUGCUCUUGAUCUGGAUGCUCGGCUUCGUCAUGAUGGCCGCCUGCAACAGUGUUACCACCUAUGCUGCCGCUCAAACAUUCUAUUCCGUUGGAUCCCAAGGUGUUAGCUAUGUCCUCACCAUCUACGUCGCAGAUACCUCGACGCUGAAGAGCCGUGCCCUCAUGCUCUCCUUCGCCACUACUCCCUACAUUUUCACCACUUGGGCCGCCGGCCCCAUCACUGAAAGCGUCCUGGCUAGCGGCGGUAUCGGUUGGCGCUGGGGUAUCGGCCUGUGGGCCAUCGUGGCGCCCUUUGUGCUCGGCCCACUCAUUUUCCUCUUCCUGUGGAACCAGCACAAGGCCGAGAAGAUGGGUCUGCUCGAGCCGCAGGGCAAGUUGCGCAACAUCACGCUGAAGAACGCGUGGAAGUUCGUCGUCGACGUCGAUCUCUUCGGCAUCCUGCUCCUCGGCGCGGGCAUCGCGCUGUUCCUGCUGCCCUUCUCGCUGUACUCGUACCAGCCCGACGGCUGGCGCUCGCCCAUGAUCAUCGCCAUGAUCGUCAUCGGCGCCGCCCUCGUCGCGGCCUUCGUGCUGUGGGAGCGCUUCCUCGCGCCCGUCACCUUCAUCCCGUUCAAGCUGCUCGCCGACCGCACCGUCUUCUUCGGCGGCCUCAUGUUCGUCUUCGUCUUCGCCAACUCGUCCGUGUGGGGCUCGUACUUCACCUCGAUGCUCAUGGUGGUGUGGCACACGGGCGUCGCGCAGACGACGUACAUCAGCAACAUCUACCGCACCGUGUCCUGCUUCUCGUCCGUCAUCGUGUCCGCCCUCAUCUACCGCACGGGCCGCUUCAAGCCCUUCGCCCUCUUCUUCCUCGUCCCGCUGAUGAUGCUCGGCGUCGGCCUGAUGAUCCACUUCCGCCAGCCGGACCAGAGCGUCGGCUUCGUCGUCAUGACGCAGAUCUUCGUCGCCUUCGCGGGCGGGCCCAUCGUCAUCUGCGGCGAGAUGGCCAUGCUGUCGCCGUCGGACCACCAGCACGUCGCCGUCAUCAUGGCCGUGCUCGACCUCUUCGGCAGCAUCGGCUCGUCCAUCGGCAGCACCGUCGCCGCCGCCAUCUGGACCGGCACUUUCUAUACGAACCUCGUCAGGUACACCCCCGCCGGUACCGACGUCGCCACCAUCUACUCGAGCAUCACCGUCCAGACCAGCUACGCCGUGGGCUCGCCCGAGCGCGAUGGCAUCAAUGCCGCCUACGGCGCCUCGCAGCGUAUUAUGUGCAUCACGUCCGUGUGCAUUCUCGUCGGCGCGCUGGCGAGCGUGGCGUUGUGGCGGAACCUCAAUGUGAAGCAGAUCAAGCAGGUGCGCGGAAAUGUUGUUUAG